UCUGGCUGAGGGGCGGGGCAAAUUGUGUUCCUUCCAAAGCAAGGUCACGCCUAGUGAUGUAGAGCCAAACGAUUGGCCAAAGGAGUCUGGGCGCGCGCGGGCGCAGAUUGGCUGAUGCAGUCUUGAAGUGAAUGGGAUAGGUUUACUGGGGAGGCGGAAGGUUUGAAUAGCCAGGCCCUGUGACUGUUGAUAUUAUUGCACUGUGGCUGUAACUUCGAUCCUCUCGGCCUAUCCAGUCUAGAAGCAGAAUCGUAGUCUGGUUAAUUGACUCCUUUCGUCAGAUUUCCUUUAAUUCUGCUCAAGUUUUGGCUUGUGACUGACUCCCCACCUUUGUUUUUCCUGAAGGUGAAUCUCUGGCUCCAAUCUGAGAGGAACCCCAAAAUGUUGCCUUGAUCUUUCCAAUCUUAGCAGUGGUGGGGAGAUGUCUGCCAGUCAGCUUACCACUUUUGCAGACCUUGAUGAAACAGGCCAGUUGGAAUCUAAAGGACCUCAGGACAUACAUUUAACUGGGAUGAAUCAUCACCAGCACUUUACAAAAUGCAGCCCAGCACAGCUGCUUUGUAGCACUCCAAAUGUUUUGGACUAUGGCAACAGGAAGAAAGAUGCAGUAUGUAGCUCACCCACAAAUAAAGAAAAUCGCAUGUGCGAAAGAGCACAAGUAGGAGAGGAGCAAAGAGGGAGAGAGAGAGAAUCCCAAGCAGAGUCCAGCCUCUGCACCAAGCCAGAUACAAGGCUCGAUCCCAUGACCAGGAAGGAGAUCAUGACCCCAGCCAGAAUCAAGAGUUGGACCAUUAACUAUAUGAGCCACCCAGGUGCCCUGAAUUGUGUUUUCUGGCCAUCUUUUUCUUUCCCCUGCCUGUCAUCCUUUCCCCCAGGGCUUGCUGACACUUGUCUUCCUCCAGCCAAUGUAAUUUUUCUUAUGCAGAAGAAUAACACUUUGAAGUCCUCCGAGUGGUGGGCAUCCAGGAGCCUGAAGUUUCAAAAGACACCAGGGGAGCCUUACAUGUCUCCCCUUUCUCUACUGGACAAUGGAAAGUUGGUGGAAGGAGAAAUGAAAUAUCUGGGCAGUCCCAUUACUACACUUCAAAAAUUGGAUAAAAAUUCAGAACUAGAAGAACACCAGGCAGAGGAGAUUUCAAAUGAAUUGAUGGAGUUUUCUCUGGAAGAUCAAGAAGAGAUCAAGGCAUCUUUGAAUAGAAGCUCCUUGUAUCGCUCGCCUUCACUGCCAGAGACUCUGAACAGGCCAAGACUGAAUCAGGUGGUAAAAUUCAAGGACAAUCCCAUAGCGGAUAAAGUAAAACAGGAGUAUUGUUCUCACAACAAAGAAUUCAGGAAGGGCUUAGGUCUAAAGAAGGCAGUCUCUCUCUGUGACAUUAAUAUCACUCAGAUGCUGGAGGAAGAGUCUAACCAGGGGUCUCUGAUUGGUGAUUUCUCCAAGGUGUGUGUGCUGCCAACCGUGUCAGGGAGACACCAAGAUCUGAAGUACAUCAACCCAGAAACAGUGGCUGCCUUACUGUCAGGGAAGUUCCAGAGUCUGAUUGAGAAGUUUUAUAUCAUCGAUUGCCGCUAUCCAUAUGAGUACCAGGGAGGACACAUCCAGGGAGCCUUAAAUUUGUACAGUCAGGAAGAACUAUAUGACUUCUUUCUGAAGAAGCCUGUCAUGCCUCUGGACACCCAGAAAAGAAUAAUCAUCGUGUUCCACUGUGAAUUCUCCUCAGAAAGGGGUCCCCGAAUGUGCCGCUCUCUCAGAGAAGAGGACAGGGCUCUGAACCAGUAUCCUGCAUUGUACUACCCAGAGCUAUAUAUCCUUAAAGGGGGCUACAGAGACUUCUUUCCAGAAUAUACGGAACUGUGUGAACCACAGAGCUACUGCCCUAUGCAUCACCAAGACCACAAGGCUGAGCUGCUGAGGUGUCGAAGUCAGAGCAAAGCAUGGGAAGGGGAGCGGCAGCUGCAGGAGCAGAUUGCCUUACUGAUGAAGGAUGUGAGCCCAUGACUAUGGAUCAGUGGUUUGCUGCUUACAAGUCACCCAAAGACACUGUGGAAACCCUGAACAGAAAGAGCCAUGUUGAAUGUGGCAAAACCCAACAUUGUUAAAAGAUGGCUGCAAACCAACAGGCUGCCAAGAUAAUGAAAUUCUAGGCCUGGGGGUUGGUUUUAGCAAAACUGCUGGCUUUAGAAGGCUGUAGCUUUGGGUUGGAUGGAGAUUUGUGUUGCUUCAGCAAGUGGUUACAUUCUCUUCACAAUUAAAUGUCUUAUUACAAGCCAGCCAGCUCUUUCUCUCCCUGGGUCUGUGCAAGGGAGUUGGGCAUCUUCUUUCUCUGUACAUUCCUUCUUUGUUUCCCUCUCUCUCUUUUUCUUAAAUGAGAAAAUAAACACUACAAAAUUAGAGAUUUGAUUGUGAGCUCAGUCUACUCCUAGAAGGUCUUUAUAAGGAAGAGAUCACCAAAUUAGACUCCUUUAAACAAAGGUGUAACCAUCUUGAUUUAUAGCUGAGGGCAAGGUGCUUUUCUCUAGACCUGUGGUUCUCAAAGUUUGGGCCCUGAACUGUAAGCAUCAUCUGAACUUCUUUGAAAUGUAAAUUUUCAGGCAUCACACAGUUAACUAAAACAAAACUUCUGAGUUAGGGCUCAGAAUUCUGGGUUUUGAAAUUUCCCUUUCAGGUGAUUCUGAUGCAUGCCAAGCCUUGAGAACCUCUGCUCUGGAAUGAAGGAAAACCUUUUAAACUGCAUUCUCCAGCAGUAUCCUGGCUAUCCUUUCCUAAACCGUUCCAAGGUAUGCGUUACCUAAAAGUGUGCCCCAUACUCAGCAUGCUGUGAUAACUAGGCUCAGAGAACCAAGAUGAUUGCCAUGUCUAAGGCAGGUUAUAGUUCUGAGUUGGGCUCAAAAAGAUUCCUUGUCUACAGUGGAAUUUUGACUUUUCUCAUUUCCCACAGUCUUUUCUCCAUUUCACAUCUCACAGAGAUAAGUUUAGGACUUGGGAAAGUUGAAAAUAGAUAUCUGUGCUAUCUGAAGAUAGGAAUAAAAGGAUACAAAAGUAGUAAGCAGGAGCAGUUAGACUUAAGGAAGACCUUUUCAACUAUUUUCCAGCACUGUCCCAGGCUUUCUGUUCUUAGAGUUCUUUAAUGUAACCAGGCUUUCGUCUUCAUAGUGAGAUACAGCACUAUGGCCUGGGGUGGUUGUAGAAUUGCCACUGAUCAUUGUCAUUCUGCAUUAACCUGGUAGGAGUGCUAGCCCAGGACUGGAAAAGGACAAAGGGCUCUGAAGCCUGGCUGAGAUAGAAUAGAGACAAAAGCGACAUCUUCCCAGGUUCUGGGGCCAAGAGACUUUUUUUAAGUAAGUGGGAGGGAAGAAGGGCAGUAGCUGGAUUGAUGUUUGCAAGGUUCGCUAGUGUGCUUCUCUUGGAGUGCGGCGGUUGUGCUUCCCAGCAGAGGGCGCUGCUGUAUUCUUUAAGGCAGCUUCUGGAGUCUGCAGCCUCCGCUGCUUGCACUUGCCUCUCUGCGCAGAAGGAAGCUACCUCUCUGGCCUUCUCCCUGAGCCUUGAGCUCAGAGCUCAGAGGGCUGAGGGGAAAGGAGAGAAAAGCUGUUGCUGUAUUAGGUGCAGAAGGCUGAGGGGAAGAUGCUGCUUCUCUGUCCCACUCCCACAUCCUUACGCCUGCCAAACAGGUACUCCUAGUAGCCGGAGGAGGAAAAUGUUUGAAGUACCUCCACUUCCAAAUAUGAGGAGGGAGUCCCCUGACUUAUUGCCUAACCUAGUGGGUCAUUUCCUGAUCAUUUUCCCCAGAAAAGUAGAACCAAGCCCCCACCUGGGAAGAGACUGGUGCUCAUGUUCAUAUUUCAGUAACUUUUUUUCCCAGUCCCAUUUUAUUUUAUUAGUAUUAUUUUUUAACAUAAUUUAUUGUCAAAUUGGGUAACAU